AUUCACAGAACUCAGUCACUGAUCACUCCUUUAGAUUCAAAUAUUUUCUUUUUGUGUUCUCCACUGUACGUGCUUUCUUAUUCACCUUUCCUCAACUAUAACAUGAAUGGUUACAGAGAAGAAAACUCGUUAAUCUGCUAUUUUCAUCCCAACCAAGUGGAAAUAGGGGUCUGCCCCUUGUGCCUGAAUGAGAGGCUCCUAAUCUUGGCCUCAAAACAAGGCCACCUUUCUUCUACAGCUCGAAGCAGCACCCGUAGAUCAGCACAAUGCUCCUCCAAACACAGAAUGCCACACAUCACUCUUCCAAAGAUCUUUGCUCUCGGAGGCUCUCUUCUCAGUCGACUCGAGUUCCGGCAUUGGAAAUCCGAGCACUCAGAUCACGAUGCCUCCACUAGUCAAGAAGCUUUUGAAGACUCGUUUAUAUCAAUUAAGUUUGGAGACAACGGUGCGGCCUCGUGGGAGAAGAAUCCAGUACUUUCUUCUAAGGUCCCUCUAGAGAACUGCAACAUAUCUCGGAAUCACCCGGCCUUGUUCACCAAAGAAGCCAAGGAGACGGCAACCACCAAGUCUGUAGUAGAACAUGGGAAACCCCGUGCCUCACUCAGGUGGCGGAAGAGGAUUGGUCACCUGUUCCAGCUCAUCAGAUGGAAAAGGUCCAACAAGGGCAAUGUGUGCCACGUGAGCAGCAAGGUGGAGGGAGUGAAGGUGAUCAGGAAGAGUUGGAUAAGGACUCUGACAAAGAGAAAGACCACCAUGGAAUAAAAUGACAGUCUGUAAUAGGAAUGUUGAAAUGUGCUCCGGUUUCAGAAAUGGAUGGCCAAAAGGUAGAUAUAUAUAUAAAUGUAUAGAUCAGAAAAAGCAUUUAUAAGCUAGCUGUGAGUUAUUUUGGAUAUACCGAGCAUGCAGCAUGCAUGUUAGGUGUAACAAAGUGGGAAACAAAUGGAGAACAAUGGCCCAUAAACAGUGCUAGAAAACUUGUCGUAUCGUUGUCUUCGGUGGGAGAAUAUCUUGUUCCUUCUUCUCUGAACACACAAAAUGCAGGAAGUGCAGAGAGCCAUAUCGAAUGUUUUUGCUUUUAUAUAUAUAUUUAUAUAAAUGAUAUGUUUCAUGGAUUAGAAAAUGGUCAUUAAUUUAUGUGCAAAUGU